AAACAAAGAGCCGAGAGGCAAAAGCAGCAGCUGACGCGCUGUACAGCAGCUUUAGUAGAGACAGGCACUUAGCAGGAGAGGAGAUUUCACUGCUUGAUUUGAGACCAGAUACAGUAGGAGGAAGAGAGGGAGGAUGUGGAGCACGUGAAGAGGGUGGAGUUGAGAAAGCACAGAAGGUAGACAAACAGAGACUGAUCCCCACAAGAUCACCUCAGAGGGACAACGCCAUGAGGAUCUGAAGAAGAACCGAUCGUGUUUGGAGGGAAUCUGUGAAGAAAGGAAACAUGAGCCUCCAAUAACAGGAUUCAGCUCACUUAUUUAUUCAUUUUCCGUAAGGGACAGGAUUCCACUGAACAGGUGAGGAUGUCCACGGCAUCAAACCAAGGAUCUCGCUGCAAACAGGGAGAAACUCUCUGUGAGAUCCGUGUGUACAAACAGGAAGUGAUUAUUGUACCCCUCCUCCUGCUGGUCACCUUCUUGGUCACUUUGGUUUUUAUUUUGCUGCUACACUUCUGCCCUGAGAAAGUUAAGCGAGUUCGAUCAAAUGCAAACUCAACCUCCAGGAGGAUGCUGCAUGGCAUUGAUGCUCCAGCAGGUAUCAAUGUACUUGAGCAUGAGAGCAUCACCUUGGACCUUCCCGCCACAUACUCCACCUUCCAGCCACCAAACUCAUAUAUCAACAAAAAGCUCUCCACCGGUGCAAGCACCCCCACUUUCCCUGCCAACCCCCCACAGCUCAGUUUCCCUCCCAUCGUCCAGCCCAGAGAGCUCCCCCGCCAGAGGCUGCCUGAGUCCUUCAACCUGGUGUCUCCUCUCCCUGCUUCCUUCUCUCCACGCUCUGACUCAUCCGUGUCCCUCUACAGGGCACGCAUGGAAAACAGGAACGUGGUCCUGCGGGUUCUGAAUGACUCCGCCGACGCCACGGAGAGACACAACUUCCUGGGGUUUGCAUCGUUCCUGGCCCAGCUGGGUCCACAUCCGUUCCUGCCAGAGCUGCUCGGUGUGGUCUCCCUUCGAGCUCCUCUGAUCACAGUUGUGGAAGAGCUCGAGAACACUGACCUGCUCAGCUACUUGUGGAAAUGCAGACAGAACAACGUGGAUCCUCCCUGUGAAAUGACUGAGAGGCGAGUGCUUACCAUGGCCAAACAGGUUGCCUCUGCUCUGGAGUUCCUUCACAGCAAGGAUCUCCUCCACGGAAACAUCCGGGCCCGCAGCGUGCUGGUCAGCAAGGAGCUGACGGCCAAGCUGUGGGGACUACAUGGAGUUUACAACCGGAAGAACCAGAAAUCCACCCAGAAGGACGAUCCCAGCAUGAAGAAGUGGCAGGCACCGGAACUGUUAAUAGGGAAACCUGCCACUCCCAGCAGCGACGUUUGGUCAUUUGGUGUUUUUCUGUAUGAAAUGGCAACUUUGGGCGAUGCUCCAUUUGCAGAAAUCCCUGUUACUGAGCUCCUGCAGUUUCAUCAGCGAGGGAAAAAUCUGAAAAAACCCUCUAACUGCUCAAACACGCUAUACGCUCUUAUUAAAAGCUGCUGCCAGUGGAAAGAUCAGGACCGAGCCCCGCUGGCUGAAGUCAGCCGAAAGCUGGUUUCAGCAGAAAGAAGCGCCUCAGAUAAAGUCAUCAAAGCAACGGGUGUGGUUCACGUUGAGCAGUACCUGCAGGACGCGGGAUACGGAGAGACCAGCAGCUACACUGUUUUCUGAUCAGUUCCAAUCUGCCAAUAAUAAUGAUAACAGUAAUAAAUGCAAUGAACUUUUACACGUGACUUUAAGACACAAUGCUUAUUUUUAUGUAUUAAAAGGAGAUUUUAAUAUAUAUUUUUAAUAAUUCUCAUUUAAAUUCCACUAAGCGAGAAAAAGCUUAUAUGAACAUUUUACAUAUUAAAAAAAACACACUUGUGUUUGUAUCAGGUAAAAAUGAACUUCUUCAGGUUCCUUUAGGGUAAAGAGUUCAUCAUGUUGCCGUAAACCUGACCUGUGAACCCCGCUCACGUAGCCACGCUAAUCUUGUCUGAAAAAUGGCCAAAAAUCAAUCAAAUGCUGUGUGUGAGCGUGUGUGUGUAAAUAUAUUCUAAAGACCUUUUUUCAUACCACAGACCACUGAGUGGUCGACUGGAGCACUGGGUGGGAAUAUCAGGCUUAGCAGUCCAGUGGAUAAAAUCUUACUUGUCAGGGAGGAAUUUUUGUGUAAGAAUUGGGAACUGUUCGUCUGAUACUGCUGAUUUGCAGUGUGGAGUGCCUCAGGGAUCAGUCCUGGCACCUCUCCUCUUUUCCCUCUAUUGGCUGCCGCUGGGUGACUUGUUUCGUCGGCACAACGUCAGGUUUCACCAGUAUGCUGAUGACUGUCAAAUCUAUUUACCUGUUAUGGAUGGCACAAAGUGUAUUGUUCUUCAACCAGAAUAAAACUGAGACUAUCCUGUUCUGCCCGAAAUACAAACAUGGA